AUGAAAAAGAUGCAACGAAUUCGUAGACCAUCCAAGUUUACGUAUUUUGUUAUUCUUAUAGGUCUUCUUGUUCAACCUCUAAAGUUUCUAUUCCCAACAGAAAUUAGGGCAGCUAUCACUUAUAAACCAUCGAUUUUCUUCGGAUUUGUCUCGACAGGAAAUCCAAAGCGCGUUAAUUUUGUUUAUAACAAUUGGCUUCAUAAGCUUCAACCCCCACAUAACUAUGCAUUUAUAUCAAAGAACCCAAAUAAAUCAAAAUUAAAUUUCAUUUUGCCAUACCAUAAAUAUAUUGUAUAUGCUGGUAAUUCCAGCAGCUGGCCACAACAAAAUAUCGAUCGUGCAGCCAAAAGAAUGACCGGUUUAGAAUAUUUUCUUUAUAAUACGACUAAUGAUUACUACUGGUCACUUACAGAUGAUGUACCUAUUGACAUUGACAAUAUGGAACAUAUUCUUAAGCAUUUGCAGCAAAAUUAUCUACCUUUGAACGAAUCUGUUUUUAUUGGCCAUAGUCUACAAGGAUGGUUUAUUCAAGGUGGCACAGGAUUCUUGCUAUCAAGAUACGGAGCAAAGUUGAUUAUAGAUCAUGGCGUAGAUUGGGUGAAAAAUAUUACAGUCGAAGAUGAUAAAGCAACACUUGAAUUCAGACCAUGGUUAGGAGUUUCUAAGAGAGAUACUUACUCAAGCCUUAUGUUUGGCGAAGAACCGUAUGCUUUCAACCAUUCUGAAUUUUGGAAUGAUAAAUUACCAAAAUGUAAGAGAAAUCAUCCAAAAAGAUGCAGUGAAAAUUAUAAGAUAACAGAUCUUCACGCCCUUCAUACUCGUUUCAUGGACACAGCUGUUGCAAUGGAGAAUUUGAAACAAGCAAAGAAAAUAGCAACAGAUCUAUACUUCUAUUAUUGUUACAUGGACUUAUACCUCUGUAAAGGUGAACCAUAUAAUAGGGAAUUCGAUUGCCCUGUAAGAAGACUUUACGUCUAA